UAAGCACAUAAUGCACAUUCAAUGUCAUAUCAUUAAAAUAAAAUUGUUACUAUCUCUGAUUUUCCAGCACCAUUUUACUGCCAUGAUAUGAGAUAAUACACUUUUCAGUUGACCAUUUAUAUCGUCGAGCGCGUAUAUCUAUAUAUUAUAUACAUAACUGCCAUGCAUGCAUACAGUAGACAUACGGGCUUACUUGCAAUCCACAACACCGACACCUUUCCAUGCCCAAUGAAUUGAUGGCUUUAUUUUCUGGAUAGAAUUCCUGGUGGGGACAAACUAGCAUUCAGUUUACACAAAUCACAACGAAGGAAUUCCUCACUGCAGUAGUGGUGCACAGAACCAUUUGAGCUGGAUCAAACGCGUAAUAUGCAUGUGUGUACGUUGUUUCCCUGCCGAAUCGUGGGAGACAUGGAAGCUGCACUAUCGAUCGGACUACACGCUGACGGCCAGGUCUUUUACGUGCUCUUUCAGCCAUGAGCCGUGCGGUGCUACUUUCCAUGAUAUGCCAUUCGCAAUGUCAUGUGCACGUUGCCGGUCGUGCUCGUAUUUAAUUGCCCAGCCUCUGCAAACCGGCCAAUUCGACGUCUCUGACCACGGAUAGCCUCAUUUCGCAACUACGGAGAUGAGAGUCAACACAAUCAGACCAAAUAAUCACGCAUAAUGGGAUGAAAUAGCAGGAUAAGGCGGAUGUAUUUCCAAUAUCCAGAGUAACCUCAAAAGUUCAGAAAAUGGAAUCACUUGUGUCAGCUGGUGAUUCGGAAUGGAAUGCUAGUCGUAAAGACGAAACCCGUCAAAGCACCCGGGACACACUCACAGAGAAUCUCAGCCCAAAUGCUGGAAAGCAGUGUGCACCUGCUACCAACGGCAGUUUUGUCACACCAGAAAAGAUCUCAAAAACCCGGUUUGCAACCAAAACCUCGCCCAUCAACCUGUUGAAAGAUCGCCAAGCGCAUGUGGAUGGCGCUUCCCGGGAAGUGGACCCGGAGGUAGCGAAGCGCAUCGAACGCGAUGGGCGAGUCAGUCUUACGCCAAAGCCCAAUACGGCCACACCUAAACAGCGUCGCACGUAUCGAGCCAGCUGUGCUGCUUUGGGCAUGGACACCGAAGAAGACCACGCAACGCAGAACGGUGACGCAGAAGACUUCGAAUCUAUCAAAUUGGAUUUAGAAGCGGAGGCCAUGGAUGUGGACGAAUUCGCGCCUGUACCUCUGGAGGACGCACUAGAAAAUGCAGAAAGAAUAUUUGGAGUGACCAUGCCUCCGCCGCUUCCCACAUUCCGACAGCGCAUGAAUGCUAACAAAAGCGACGGUCGCUUCGUUGUUACUUCGUUGGUUCUUGAGAAUUUCAAAUCGUAUGCUGGUCGCAUUGCUAUCGGGCCGUUUCAUCGGAGUUUUACUUGCAUAAUUGGACCUAAUGGAAGCGGCAAAAGCAACACCAUUGAUGCGCUUUUAUUUGUGUUCGGCUACAAGCCAAAGCGGCUACGAGCUAGUAAAGUUAGCGAAUUGAUCCACAAGAGCGCCAGAUACCCAGACUGCAAAAUGUGCCGCGUGACAGUUCAUUUUGCUCGAAUAAUAUUUGACGCGAAUGAUCUGUAUUCCCAUCAAGUCGUUUCGGGAUCUGAGUAUUCAAUCGCUCGUGAAGCAUAUAAAGAAGGGGAUAAAUCAUUGUAUUAUAUAGACGGCGUGCGAAGGCAGCGCGAGGAAGUUGUGAUGCGACUCCGAAAUGACGGCAUCGAUAUUGACCACAAUCGCUUCCUGAUACUCCAGGGUGAAGUGGAACAGAUAGCGAUGAUGAAGCCGAAAGGAAAAACUGAAAAAGACGAAGAGAUGCUGGAGUAUAUCGAAGACAUUGUUGGCACGAAUCAGUACAUUGAUCCUAUAAAAGUCAUGAAUCAGAAGGUGGAAGAUCUGGCGGAAGAGGAAGAGAGACAAAAUGUGGAGGUGUUCCAGUUUAGCAAGACGCUUACAAGCCUGGAGCAGGUGAAGAAAGAAACCGAAGAUUUUCUGUUGACGGAGAAUGAGGUUUUCCAUCGACAGCAUCUGCUGCAGCAGAUUCGACAUUCGGAAGUUAUGGCUGACCAUGAACAAGCCGUCGGAGCUGUGAAAGAAUGUGAUAAGCAUUUCAAAGUGGCGGAAGAAGCAUAUCUACGCGUGGAGGUGGAACUGAAGACGGUUUCGGAUGAACAUAAAAUCUUAGAAAAGAUGAUUCGAGAACUGGAAUCAGGUCCUUCUGUUAGUGGAACAAAGGUCAAAAAUGCCGAUACGGCCAAGGAAAAGCUCCAUACGAAACUCGCUGCGUUGGAAGAUAAUGUCGUUCGCCUCGAAAAGGAACGGGAAAAAUUUCAGCAAGAACUAGAAAAACUGCAUGGUGCUCCGGAGAGACUUGAAUCGGACAUUCGAAGAUUAGACGUUGAAAUUAAUGAGUCUAAAAACGUUCUGGAAGAAGCUCGCACACAACUGCAGGCGGCGCUGGAAGAGUUACCUCAGCAUUUGACCGAGCUAAACAACAAACAGCAAGAGUUGGAAGGGAAGCUGAAUAAGAUUCGGCCAGAACGGGAUGAAAAGCUAAAAACGCUCGAUGACAAAAAAGUAGAAGAGGAUGGAUUUACCGCCCAGUACGACAGGGCUGUAAAGCGCCAGCAAGAACUCACCGAAGAAAUUGCAGCACUUGAGCACAGAAUUGCGGAAGUUUCUGGAGAAUUUGAUAUCGUAACUCAACAAUUGCCUGCAAUAAAAGAGAACGUCGCCGCCAGAAAAAGUGGAAUUCAGCAAGCCCAGCGUAGUCUUUCGGAAGUAACAGAUUCGCUAAAUCAAAAACGCGAUUCGCUGCAAGAAGCACGGGCGAGGACUGAAACGGCUUCCAACGAUAAAAUGCUGGAACGUAUUCUGCAAGCCCAGGACCAGGGUCAGUUAGCAGGCAUCGUCGGACGACUCGGGGAACUGGCAACCAUCGAUGAAAAAUACGAUGCGGCGAUAUCCACGAAUUAUACCGGUCCGCUAAACCACAUUGUUGUUGGAGACAAAGACCAAGGCAAACAGUUGCUGGAAUACCUCAAGUACCAAAAUCUGGGACGAGCGAGUAUUUGUGCACUUGAACAAAUUGCCGCAAAACAAGGCAACACCGCGAACGCACCGUUUCGAGCGCCAGCCGGUAGUCAACGACUCUUUGAUCUCAUCCAAGUAGCGGAUCCUGCUUAUCGAGCCGUUUUCUAUUAUUUUUUGGGUAAUACGUUAGUAGCAGAUGACAUCGACACAGCCGCCAGAAUUGCCUACGGAAAAGAUAAAUUUCGCGUGAUAACAUUGGACGGGAAAGUAGUCGACGGUAAAUCGGGUAGUAUGACUGGUGGGGGUGACAUCUUACGAGGACGAAUUCGAACCAGCGCUCAGGGUCAGCUAGUGCGGGAUGCCUAUAAUGGACCCAAGUUGGAACAUUUGCAGACCGAAUGCGAAGCAUUAGAAGCCCGCCAAGGACAAUUGCGUAGAGAUAUUGAGCGUGCGGAAGCGGAAUUGCUCGAACUUGAGCCUGGCGUUCGCAAUCGAGAGGAAGGCCUGCGGACAAUGCAGAAUCGGCUCAAGAUAGAUGACGCAGAAUUAAAGCGAUGCAAAGAAAGCCUGGAGAAACAGCAGACUGUUGUAAAAAAACUGACACCAGAUCCGUUAAUACAAGCUGACUUUCAGCGUGCACUGGAAAAGUUGCAAACUGAUUUCGAUAAAGUGGAUGGAGCAUUCAAACAGGUGGAAGACCAGAUAAAGAGCACGAAUACGGAAAUCGCUCGCAUAACCGAACACAAAGUGAAGCCACUGCGCAAGAAACAGGAUGACGCCAAGAGCGCUCUGGAAAAGUUGGAAAAGCAGAAACAGGACAAACAGAACAAAAUCCACUCUCAUGGACGUGACAAGGAGCGUGCUGAACAAAAUCUUCGUAAACGCGACGAAGAUCUCGAAAAAAAGACUGCAGAAAUUGAAACCUUAGGUGAAGAAUUAAAGGGUGCUGUUGCUGCCGCCGAAGCUGCACAGAAAGAACGAGAAGCUGACAAGGAGCUGCUCGAUCAGAAAAAAAAUGAGUAUCAGAAGAGCAAUGUUCAGGUCGAUGUUUUGGACAAAAAGUUAGAAGCGGAAAAAACCGCAAUGGAGAAAUUCAAAGUGGCACGAGACAAGGCGGCUGCUGACCAGAAGGCUUUACUGAAAGAGGCCCACAAGAUCCAAAGCAACAUGGAUGCUAUAAAAUUACAUGAAGUGCAGUCCGAUGAUAGGCGUGCAAAACUUGCCUUAGAAAAACUCAAUGAAACCGCCAUAAAGGAACUAGCGGAUCGCGACUUUGAGGAGGAAAUUGGUCAGCUGAAGUUCAGAAUGUCCAGUCUCAAACCCGAUCUAACGAAGCUCAAAGAAUAUUAUGAUAUUGAUACAAAAAGAAAGCAGCUGAUGGAUCGUGUUGAGGAAGUUCGAAAAAGAAGAAAACUCGGCUUCUCAUUUUAUAUGGCACUGAAAAACCGCCGCUUUACCGAAUUUAACACUGCCUUGCGGAUCAUUAAAAAUAUUGUGAAAACUACAUACCGACAGUUGACGCUCGGGGGAGAUGCAUCAUUGGAGCCCAUUGAUCGUUUUGAUCCUUUUUCGGAAGGACUGGAAUUUAUGGUGAAACCCAAAACCAAGUCCUGGAAGAAUAUUGGUUACUUAUCGGGCGGUGAAAAGACCAUCAGUUCCCUGGCUUUGAUAUUCGCUCUGCACUAUUUCAAGCCGACUCCGUUUUAUAUUAUGGACGAGAUCGAUGCUGCUCUUGAUUUUCGUAAUACAUCUGUAAUUGCAUUUUUCGUCAAGGAGCGGGCAGUGUCAGCGCAGUUCAUAAUUGUAUCAUUGCGCAACCAGAUGUUCGAGACAGCUUACCGCCUGAUUGGUAUUUGUAAACCGGACAAUCACAGCAUGUCAAUGUACAUUGAUCCCCAGAAGCAUGUAUACAGUGAAGAGGACGAGCGACGCAACACCGGAAGUAUCUUCUCGCAGGGCACGCAAGGCGGUCCGCGGCCCACCGGGGGCACAACAUUCUCUCAGCAUACAGUUUUAGGUCCUCGAAAUUCGAAUGUGUAAGGAAAUUGUGUCCCGAAUUGGGAGCAGGGCUUAGUCAAACCUCAUUGGUCCAUGCCCUCACGGUCAAUCGAUCAUUUUAAGCUUCGUCCACAUUUGCAUCUUAUGACGUUCCUUCUGACGCAGCGUGCUUUUGCAAUGUUUUUAUUUCGUUGGCUCGUAAUUUGAAUUUGUUGGUUACAUUGACAGUAUUCAGCAGAGUUAAAGAUCUGCAGUUGUGCCUUGUUGUUUAAUUAUAAACUACGUGCCACUGCCGCCCACAGCAGAGAUGCGU